AAGUAGAGACGCAUCCGACGAAUCUUGGUUGACAGCUGAGCGAUUUCAGGGUUAUUAUUGCUUAAGAAGGCUGGGUGAGGGAUGAUCCCAACCUCCUUUGCUCACCGGAGGCCCACACUCUAGCCAUCGCCAAACACAAGUCAUAUUCUUUGGCUGGCGAUCUGGUUCAUAGGCAGUUUCUCCUUUGACGUUUUUGGUGGAUCACUGCAGAAAUGGGGAAAACUCACCUUGUCACAGAUUGGUACUUUGUCUACCAUAACCAGUUCACUUGGUUGUAUAUUGCUGCUCUUAGACACUUGGGCACUAAUUGAUGCUACUGCAGAACGUUUGUUCAGUCCUAAUCAUUUUGAAUAUUUUUAAACUAUGGAGCUAUUUUAACUGAAUAAUGGAUUUCACUUGCUCUUUCAAGGAUAUAAUUAAUUGACGCAAGCUGCUUGUUCUCAGAGAUGUUAAUCAACAGAGGUUGUCAGGGUGAAGUUCCUCUUACUUUGAACCAACAAAGAAUGACUAUCACCUCGGAAACAAAUUCUUUAGAAAUCACUGACAUAAUCCUCCUCCAUUAGUGGAAUUCGAGCUGCUUUCAUUGUCGGGCAGUCUGUGCAGUCACCAUAGGAGAUGAUGCUGUGAUCUUAUUAGCUUUUAGUCAAUGCCGGAAGUGGACGCAUCCGAAGGAUGUGGGUUGCAAAAUUGCAAUUGCAUCGCCUGCGAGGGGCCUAGCGAUGACGGAUCUGGUCGGGAUGGCUGACGGUCCUUUGCGCUCUGGACGCCCACUCUCUUGACAUCGCCAACUAAAAUCUUUUUCUCGUCCUUGGGUGGUCUGAUCGACUGAUCUGGAUGAACGCAGGGUGAAGAUCCGACCCAACCUGUCGUCUAGUUGCUGGAUUUUGACGAGAUUAGGGUAGCGGCUGUCGGUACAUAUUCUUUUAAAAUUUUUUGUUUUUGUGCUUUCAUUUUUGGAUUUUAAAUUCUUGUAUUAUGUUGUGAUUGGGAGUUGUGCAGUCUCUGAUUACAUAACCAAAUCAAUUGGAUGGGGCGGGUCGGAUCCAUUAUCGUGUUAACAUGUGAUAAUUUCUUUGAAAAAAUUAUUUGUGCAUGUGAAGUUACCAAAAAUAUAGAAAAUACUAAUUACUUAGUGGGUGAAUGAGUGUUGGAUAAAUGGAUGAUUUUUGCUUUAUUACCUAACUGGAUGAUUGAAAUAAAAUGUUUGUUCCUAAUGAGAUCAGAAUAUCUGAAACAAAAUAUGUACAUAUUAGUUAUGGAAUGUUGGUGGGUAUGGAUCAUGUACUGAUGCAGCAAUCACUGGCAUAAAUGCCUCCUCCAUUGAUGUAACUCCAGGUGAUUCCUUAUGUAACUUGGUUUAAUUAGUUCACAAAUGUUGUAUAGGAGUUUUUCUGAUGGUCUAACGUUCUGAGUAGCUGUUGGCUAUACAUGCUUUCUAGAAAACAGUUUAAACAUAUAAAAGAUUUCUUUUCCUUGUUUCAUUUUGCAUUUCUUCCUACUUGUUUGUGGUUCAUUUCUUAUAAUGCUGCUUGCUCUUUGUCAACUAACGAAUAAUGGAAACUUUCUGAAGUUAUUCUGUUAUUUGAAUCCAGCUUGCUUUUAUUGUUGGGCAGUUAAUGUUUACAGUCACUAUUGGAGAUGAUGUAGUAAUCUCAGCAUUCAGCCUUCUAGUAAUCAAACCAAUUCUUGGUGCUAAGCUGAAACAUAAUCUGCCCUACUCAAGCAGAGCCAAUUCCAUCAAGUUCUGUUCACUAGCACUGAACGGUUAAAUAGGAGAUUUCCCUCCAUGAAAAUCGUCACUUAAGAUAUAUAAGAAAAACAAAGCAACAAGAUAAUUCUAUGCUUGUCAAAAUAUUCACAUGAGUGUAUGUUCUUAUCUAUGAAUUUUUCCUUGUGGGUGUACAUCCCACAUACCAGUGGACUAGCCAUGGUUCUUCCUAUUGUGCAGUGGAUUUAGAUAUCUUUCUUUCAUUACUCCAGGUUCUUUAGGGGUUCUUACCUAGCUUAGUAGCUCAGGUAUCAGAUUAGAUAUCUUCUUUCUUUACUCCAAAUACAUUAGGAGUGUCAUCAUUCUUUUACUCCAGGUACUCCAGGUAACUUUAGGAGCAUCUUACCUAGCCAUUAGCUUAGGUAUCAUACCAUACAUUCUAUGCAGCAUGUAAAAUGAUGCAUUCUCAUCUCAUGUAAUGCAUAUGCAUUUCAUACUAGUUUAAUGUUCAUUCCCUGUACAAGUAAGAUUAAAGAGCCAAACAGUGCAGACUUUCAACUAGAAAAUCAACUUGCAAUAAACUUCAGAAGGUGCAGACAAGAAGAAACAAUCAACAGAGGAAAUUCCUUUCUUUUAUUCAUACAAUAGCAUUGCAUGUCUAUAAAUGUGCAUUUUAAACCGUACUUGCUGUGUGAUGCAAAGGCAGCCAUCAAACUAUAAAUUUUAAUUCCAACUCUUAAGUCUGAGUUAAACAAUUACUAAAACCUACCUUCCUGCAGCCUUAAGUUAACAAAAACUCCUCCCAAAGCCGUCUUAAAAUUGCUGCUGCUUCUGGGUCGCAGAACCUCCUUCUUUCCCUGUUUUUCCUCCGUCUGGUACCAGCAAAUUUAGGAUUCAAGAAAAUAAAAUUGAGUUA